GCAUCCUGUAUCCUCUGGAAUUCUAAAUCACUUCCUCGCCGCUGAUUGGCUGUUGAGUUUUGACCCUUGUUGGGAUGGACCUGUUGGAUAAAAGGAGAAUUUCUAUCGGGAUCAUGCGUAUUGCGCCGUGGAUGCCUGUGCACAAGGGACCGACUCGUAUGUGAAGAAGGGAAUAGUCUCAGAGGCAUCAUGACGGGAAAGGAUGGGGCUGUUUUGUCGGAAAGUUUGAACAAAUCAAAAUCAGUGUGUACCGCUGAGAACGGGAGAAAUAACAAUCCACAUCUGUCAAAGAGCAGCACCACACAUCCGCCCAAAUGCACGGGCUUCGGCAUCCAGGAGAUCCUGGGACUAAAUAAAGAGUCGUCCUCGGCUCCGCGGAGCACACUGGACUCGUUCCCUGCCGGGGCGCACCUUCUAGCCAGCAGGUCGAUGCUCGGUCCAGCUGGUGUUGGUGUUGGUGUCGGGAUCGGGAUGGGGAUGGGAUUAAUGGGCCCUGGAGGUAUUCCAUCGUUCUACAGCCAGCCCGCGUUUCUUGAGGUGCUGUCAGACGCGCAGAACGUCCAUCUGCAGCCGCUCAACAGGACAGUGGGACCGCUGGAAACGAACCAGUCUGCAAGCUCAGAUUCAGAGGAUGUCUGUUCAAGUGAAAGGAAAAUAUCAAAAUCUUCACUGAGCCAGAGCAAGAAGAGAAAAAAGCGACGACACAGAACAAUAUUUACAUCUUACCAGCUGGAAGAACUGGAGAAGGCAUUUAACGAGGCUCAUUAUCCGGAUGUGUACGCCAGAGAAAUGCUGGCCAUGAAAACCGAGCUGCCCGAGGACAGAAUACAGGUGUGGUUCCAAAAUCGGAGGGCCAAGUGGAGAAAGCGGGAGAAGUGUUGGGGUCGUAGCAGCGUGAUGGCUGAAUACGGGCUCUACGGUGCCAUGGUGCGUCACUCCAUCCCUCUGCCUGAGUCCAUACUGAAGUCUGCUAAAGAUGGCAUCAUGGACUCCUGUGCUCCCUGGCUUCUAGGGAUGCACAAGAAGUCCUUGGAGACUGCUGAAGUCCAAUCAAAUGAGAAGUCAGAUGUCACUCAGAAACCGACCAAUCCCAAGCCGGAUGAGGCCGAGGCUGAGGAAAGGAGGACAGAGUCACCCAAGUCCAAAGAGGAACUGAGGGAGAACAGCAUUGCUGUUCUCAGGGCAAAAGCACAGGAGCACAGUGCCAAAGUGCUGGGAACGGUUUCCUCUGAGAGACUAGAGCACACAAUGGAGACGUCGGUGACAGAGGAGUCCAGCGAACAGUUAGACACAAAAGAAGAGGAAAAAAGUUCUUAGAUUAUGCACUGUAAUUCUUCCCUACAUAAUGCCAUAAAACAUUGGCUUAGUGUGAAAAUAUCUGGGCUAUUUUCUCUUCCCUUCCUGCACUGUUCCAGGACAGCACUGGA